AUGCAAAUUAUUCGCGUCCUUCUGUUCAGCCUCCUCAUAGCAGCAUCGUCGCGCACGAGCAGCAGCAAGAGCCCCCAUAGCAACCCCCAGAAGGAGAAGCCAACCGGAAAAAACGAUAAUGGCACCCAGGUGGACACCACCCCCGAGGACAGAAGCAACCACCAUAGUGAUGAAGACCAGCGAGGUGAACAUAAAAAGGAAGGAGGAAAAUUAGAAAGUGUGACCCAUGGAGGAGGCCAAGAAGGGGAAGACUCGUUAGCCCCUGCUACAAAGGGUCCCCCCCGCGAAGAGAAUGACAAAGGUGGCAGCGACGGCGACAGUAGCAGCAACAGCGAUGGCAGUAGCAGUUCAAAUGGACGAAGCGUCUUCGGAAGCCUACUAAGCUUCAUAAACGGAGAUACAUUUGAUGACCACGUAAAUGAAACGGAGGAGUCUUUCAAUCCUGAGACAGGUAACUCAGCAGAUGGAACAUCACAUGAGGAGAAACUGACUGGCCAACUUUUGAAUUCUCUGAAGAGCAGCGAUAUGAGUUAUACACUUGGGCGGAGUAGCAUACCCAUUGGAAGGAAACACAAAGCGAAACAGUGUAGGUACAGAUAUGCACUGUUUGAUCAAGUGGCGAAGAAGGAAAUGAUACUCGAAAGGUCUUUGGAGGAGGAAGACAACGAUGAGGAGAGUACCUCUGUGAAAGGAGAGCAAUCGCCAUUGGGGGAUGAUCCACAAGAAGGGGAGGAGGGCACACGUGACUUCUUAAACUUUGAAAAGGAAUUCAUGAAAAGGGAAGAAGAGGAGGUGGCGGAGGAGGAACAGGUAAAGGAGGGGGAAGCCCACACGUCAAAUUACAAUCGCGGUGGUGAGAAGGGGAAGGCGGCAGAUGCAGUGGUGGGGAAAGGCAAGAAAAAGGGCCCAAGGUAUAAGGAGCAGAAUGUGAAGAAGAGGAAAGCGGUAACCCAGCCUGGACAGGGUGAUAAUGAGGAUAAUUACCAGGUGGGGGACGACGCCCCGUCGGGAGAGACGGACGAGCAAGAUGCAAUGCUCAUAAACAAACCUGAAUCCAUAAAGUACUUCUUCGAAGUGUUGACCGAGAUAUGCGCCAUUAUUAAGCUAGGGGUGAUUCACCGCUUCACCCACGUUGUGAUCCCCUUAAAAAAUAUUAUUGUGACCAAGACGCUACGUCAAAUUGAAGUAGGCCUAACGACCAUGCUGUCUGUACACAGACUGGGCAGUCACAAGUACAAGGACACAUAUGGACUGACUCUCGUCGCACUGCUGCUCUACCUGUUGAUAUACCUCAUCCAUAGGUAUAUAUACAAAAGGGAAAAAAAAGGGAAAGAAGAUAAUGCCUCCACUAAAGGAAACGAUAUAUAUGUGGUGAAUUUAUUAAGAAGAAUUUUAUACAUGGUCGAGAGGAGGAAAACAAUGACCAACUCAGAAGAAGGGGUUAUGCAGGAUGUCCUGUAUAACACGGAAACGUUACUAGCAACAACCAACAUUACGAAUAAGGAAAAUAAACAGAUUUACACAGACAUGAUAGCUAGUAUUAAUAACCUGGGUAUUUUUACUUACGUUUCAACUCAGGCUUUGAAGAGCAUUAACCAGAAAUCGGAUUUGUUAAUAAGUGGGUUCACUGGAGGGAAGUCUCUUAGAGCCGGAGAGGAGGAGGAGUUGGAAGAAGACGAGGGAAUGUUAGAUGUGGACAUGGACCUUGAUGUGGACCUAGAUGUGAAUGCCUUGGAUGGUAGUGCGAUAGGAGGUAGCGCGUUUGGUGGUAGUGCGAUAGGAGGUAGCGUGAUUGCUGGUAGUGCGAUUGGAGGUAGUGCGAUCGGUGGUAGUGCGAUCGGUGGUAGUGCGAUCGGUGGAAGUGCGUUUGGUGGAAGUGCACCUGGUGUUAGUUUAGCAGGGGGCAUGGGGGUAGGGUUAGGAAAAAGGGCCUUCCCACACACCAUGCGUGUGGGCCCACCGAACGGUGUAGGAGGCGCCUUACGAGGUCGCAUGGAAUCUCCGCUGCCCCCAGGAGCAGGGGGACACAUGGGGGACGAUGUGUACGACCUGAACAAUAUGCAAAAUAAUUUUGGCGACGACUCCUUGUAUGGAGAAAACAGCGUCGGGAGCAAGAUGCCCUAUAACAUGUUUCAGCAACACAAUGAUGCGUUUGAGGAGGGAGACCUCCUGGCUUACAAAAAGGCUACAGCCAACUACGACUUUGUUGGUGAAGGGCAUGGGAUGAACACGGGGAGUGCACCGAGCGCAGUGAGCGGGGCUCAUUUCUCCCACUUGGGACCCCCCCAGGAAUACUCGAAGCAAGGAGGAGGGGGGGGAGAUUUUCAUAAAGAAGACAUGAAUAGUAGAAGUAGUUUUUCUCAGGUGUCCAAGCCUUCCAAUCAGAUAAGCGGAGACGAGGUCACUAAUGAGGAUGGCGGGAAGACGAAUCAGGGAAGACACCGAGGAGUAGACCCUCCUGGUUCUCCCCCUGCAAUGCUAUACAUGUCACGGGAGCACCUCCUCGAUGGGCUCAACGGCCUGCAUAAUGGGGUUACGCAAAAUGGGUUACAAAGUGGGCAGCAUGGCACCCCACCACUUGCACCACAUAAUACCCCCCCGUCUGUACAACCUCCUCCUGCACCCAUGUUCCCCUUCGUACACGACCUAAAUAAGAGUCACUUGCACCCCAACGGUGACCUCGACCCCACAAAGAAAACUUCCAUCGGCUUGAAUGCGGGUAUUUCAGAAAAAAACACCGACUCAGGGGAUACCGCGUUCCCUGUACAUGGGCAGCUAAACAUGAUGAAACUCAUCCCCCCGGAGGACACCAUGUCUAGUGUGACCACCACCCCGAAGAUAAAGGACGACUUGGCAAAUCACGUGGCGGGCCCGGAGGCGGCUUCCCUGUCGUACAUGUCACCAACCCACCAAGUACUGGAAGGCACGUCCAACCGAAACCAGAAGUACCUAACACAGAGAAAGGAGAGGCAAAAAAUCGUUGCGACCAAGUCUCCCUUUAAUUAA